GUUCACCACGUCUUCUGCAAGCCAUUGCGCGGGACAAUGUAGUGCCAUUUUUGCGUCCAUUCCAAGUGACCACACGCCGUGGGGAGCCUCUUCGGGCUCAAUUACUGAGCUAUGGUAUUGCUCAAGUUGGUAUUUUAAUUGCGUCCAUCGAUUCGCUCACCCCUCUGAUAACUAU